UCUUAUUAAUUCCUGUGUGAGGCUGCAGCUGGAGACCGCGGGGCGUUGGAAAUGACGCUCGGAGCUUUAAUUACCGCAGCCGCCGGACAAGUGUGAGGAAAGCUGACGGGAAAAAGAACUGACUGGAUCGAGGGAGAAGCAAGAAGCUUUCCCCCCUCCCUUAUUCCCAAUUUGGACUGGAGGUGCAAGAAAACUAAAAAGGGAGCCGAACAUAAUAGCCCGGCUAGAGCGAGAGGCCGGAAACCUACCGCCUCUUUGCAAUCAACUUUUUUUGGAAACCUUUUCCCCCUUCCUUUUUAUUGUUGCCCAACCAGUGAGAAAGAAAGUGAGGAGGGAACGAGAAAGCAAAGGAUCACACGGGGGAAUAGCUGCACAGUCCGGCCAGGAGCUCCACGCUCGCACACUGGAGCACCCUCUCACACGCGCAUACACGCACACACCCGCGUACACUCUCCCCCUCCUCCAGUCCCCGGUCCUGGACCAGCGAUCGCUGACUGGGUCGCCAGCGCUCGGAACCGGUGCACCGCGCGCGCGACGCGCCAGUCCCCUUCGCGCCCCCAGGCGCGCCUGGCUGACGGAUCUCCUCCGCGUGCCCGAGAGGGGCUAUGCCAUUUGGACAUGUAAUUGUCAGCACGGGAUCUGAGACUUCCAAAAAAUGAAGCUAGCGACAGGACUGUGCAUCUGGGUGAGCCUUUUGGUGGCGGCGGGGACCGUCCAGCCCAGCGCUUCUCAGUCAGUGUGUGCUGGGACAGAGAAUAAGCUGAGCUCUCUCUCUGACCUGGAGCAGCAGUACCGAGCCUUGCGCAAAUACUAUGAGAACUGUGAGGUCGUCAUGGGCAACCUGGAGAUAACCAGCAUCGAGCACAACCGGGACCUCUCCUUUUUACGGUCUAUUCGAGAAGUCACAGGCUAUGUGUUAGUGGCUCUUAAUCAGUUUCGUUACCUGCCUCUGGAGAAUUUACGCAUUAUUCGUGGGACAAAACUUUAUGAAGAUCGAUAUGCCUUGGCAAUAUUUUUGAACUAUAGAAAAGAUGGCAACUUUGGACUUCAAGAACUCGGACUGAAGAACUUGACAGAAAUCCUAAACGGUGGAGUCUAUGUAGACCAGAACAAAUUUCUUUGUUAUGCAGACACAAUUCAUUGGCAAGAUAUUGUUCGGAAUCCAUGGCCUUCCAACUUGACUCUGGUGUCAACAAAUGGGAGCUCAGGAUGUGGACGUUGCCAUAAGUCCUGUACUGGUCGAUGCUGGGGACCCACAGAAAAUCACUGCCAGACUUUGACAAGGACAGUGUGUGCAGAACAAUGUGAUGGCAGGUGCUACGGACCCUAUGUCAGUGACUGCUGUCAUCGAGAGUGUGCUGGAGGCUGCUCGGGACCCAAGGACACCGACUGCUUUGCCUGCAUGAAUUUCAAUGACAGUGGAGCUUGUGUUACUCAGUGUCCCCAAACUUUUGUCUACAACCCAACCACCUUUCAACUAGAGCAUAACUUCAAUGCAAAGUACACAUAUGGAGCGUUUUGUGUCAAGAAGUGCCCACAUAACUUUGUGGUCGAUUCCAGUUCUUGUGUGCGUGCCUGCCCUAGUUCCAAGAUGGAAAUAGAAGAAAAUGGGAUUAAAAUGUGUAAACCUUGCACUGACAUUUGCCCCAAAGCUUGUGAUGGCAUUGGUACGGGAUCAUUGAUGUCAGCACAGACCGUGGAUUCCAGUAACAUUGACAAAUUCAUCAACUGCACCAAAAUCAACGGGAAUUUGAUCUUUCUUGUCACUGGUAUUCAUGGCGACCCUUACAAUGCAAUUGAAGCCAUAGACCCAGAGAAACUGAAUGUCUUUCGAACAGUCCGAGAGAUAACAGGUUUUUUGAACAUACAAUCAUGGCCGCCAAACAUGACUGAUUUCAGUGUUUUUUCCAACCUGGUGACUAUUGGUGGAAGAGUACUCUAUAGUGGCCUCUCCUUGCUAAUCCUCAAGCAACAAGGUAUCACUUCCCUGCAGUUUCAGUCCCUGAAGGAAAUCAGUGCUGGAAACAUCUAUAUUACUGACAACAGCAACCUGUGUUACUAUCACACCAUUAACUGGACAACACUCUUCAGUACUCUCAACCAAAGGAUAGUGAUCCGGGACAAUAGGAAAGCUGAAAACUGUACUGCUGCAGGAAUGGUAUGCAACCAUCUGUGUUCAAGCGAUGGCUGUUGGGGACCUGGGCCAGACCAGUGCCUGUCGUGCCGUCGCUUCAGCAGGGGAAGGAUCUGCAUAGAGUCCUGUAACCUCUAUGAUGGUGAAUUUCGGGAGUUUGCGAAUGGCUCCAUCUGUGUGGAGUGUGACCCCCAGUGUGAGAAGAUGGAAGAUGGCAUCCUCACAUGCCAUGGACCGGGACCUGACAACUGCACAAAGUGCUCCCAUUUUAAGGAUGGCCCAAAUUGUGUGGAAAAAUGUCCAGAUGGCUUACAGGGGGCGAACAGUUUCAUUUUCAAGUACGCUGAUCAGGAUCGGGAGUGCCACCCAUGCCAUUCGAACUGUACACAAGGGUGUAGCGGUCCCACUAGUCAUGACUGCAUUUACUACCCUUGGACGGGCCAUUCCACUUUACCACAACAUGCUAGAACUCCUCUAAUUGCAGCUGGAGUCAUUGGAGGGCUCUUCAUCCUGGUCAUCGUGGGUCUAACAUUCGCAGUUUACGUGAGAAGGAAGAGCAUCAAAAAGAAAAGAGCCUUGAGAAGAUUCCUGGAAACAGAGUUGGUAGAACCCUUAACUCCCAGUGGCACAGCGCCCAAUCAAGCUCAACUUCGUAUCUUGAAAGAAACUGAGCUCAAAAGAGUAAAAGUACUUGGCUCGGGUGCUUUUGGAACUGUGUAUAAAGGUAUCUGGGUCCCUGAAGGAGAAACAGUAAAAAUUCCUGUGGCGAUUAAGAUUCUUAAUGAAACAACUGGUCCCAAAGCCAAUGUGGAGUUCAUGGACGAAGCUCUGAUCAUGGCAAGUAUGGACCAUCCACACUUAGUCCGGUUAUUGGGUGUGUGUCUGAGCCCAACCAUCCAGCUGGUUACACAGCUCAUGCCCCAUGGCUGCUUGUUGGAUUAUGUCCAUGAACACAAGGAUAACAUUGGAUCACAGCUGCUGCUUAACUGGUGUGUCCAGAUAGCUAAGGGAAUGAUGUAUCUGGAAGAAAGACGGCUUGUUCAUCGUGAUUUGGCAGCUCGUAAUGUCUUAGUGAAAUCUCCAAACCAUGUGAAAAUCACAGAUUUUGGACUAGCCAGACUCUUGGAAGGUGAUGAAAAAGAGUAUAAUGCUGAUGGAGGAAAGAUGCCAAUUAAAUGGAUGGCUCUGGAGUGUAUACACUAUAGGAAAUUCACCCAUCAGAGUGACGUUUGGAGCUAUGGUGUCACUAUAUGGGAACUGAUGACCUUUGGAGGAAAACCCUACGAUGGAAUUCCAACCCGAGAAAUUCCUGAUUUAUUAGAGAAAGGAGAACGUUUGCCCCAGCCUCCUAUCUGCACUAUUGACGUUUACAUGGUCAUGGUCAAAUGUUGGAUGAUUGAUGCUGAUAGUAGACCUAAAUUUAAGGAACUGGCUGCUGAAUUUUCCAGGAUGGCUCGAGACCCUCAAAGAUACCUAGUUAUUCAGGGUGAUGAUCGUAUGAAGCUACCCAGUCCAAACGACAGCAAGUUCUUUCAGAAUCUCUUGGAUGAAGAGGAUUUAGAAGACAUGAUGGAUGCUGAAGAAUACCUGGUCCCUCAGGCUUUCAACAUCCCGCCUCCCAUCUACACUUCCAGAGCAAGAAUUGACUCAAAUAGGAGUGAAAUUGGACACAGCCCUCCUCCCGCCUACACCCCCAUGUCAGGAAACCAGUUUGUAUACCGAGAUGGGGGUUUUGCUGCAGAACAAGGGGUGCCCGUGCCAUACAGAGCUACAACCAGCACUAUCCCAGAAGCUCCAGUUGCUCAGGGGGCUACAGCUGAGAUUUUUGAUGACUCCUGCUGCAAUGGCACCCUACGCAAGCCAGUGGCACCCCACGUCCAAGAGGAUAGCAGCACCCAGAGGUACAGCGCUGACCCCACAGUGUUUGCCCCAGAACGGAGCCCACGAGGAGAGCUGGAUGAAGAAGGUUACAUGACCCCUAUGCGAGACAAACCCAAACAAGAAUAUCUGAACCCUGUGGAGGAGAACCCUUUUGUUUCUCGGAGAAAAAAUGGAGACCUUCAAGCUUUGGAUAAUCCCGAAUAUCACAAUGCUUCCACCGGUCCGCCCAAGGCAGAGGAUGAGUACAUGAAUGAGCCACUGUACCUCAAUACCUUUGCCAGCGCCUUGGGAAAUGCCGAGUACCUGAAGAACAACAUACUGUCCGUGCAGGAGAAGGCCAAGAAAGCGUUCGACAACCCUGACUACUGGAACCACAGCCUGCCACCUCGCAGCACCCUUCAGCACCCAGACUACCUGCAGGAGUACAGCACAAAAUAUUUUUAUAAACAAAAUGGACGAAUUCGGCCUAUUGUGGCAGAGAAUCCUGAAUACCUCUCUGAGUUCUCCCUGAAGCCAGGCACUGUGCUGCCGCCUCCACCCUACAGACACCGAAACACUGUGGUGUAAACUCAAUAGUGGUUUUAAGGUGGAAAGACAUGCCCACUCCAAUUGCCCUGCCACCUCUCUUUCUCUUAUGGUCUUCCUUCUAUUCCCAAGGCCAGUAGUUUUGAAACUUCCCAGUGGAAGAUAUAGAGAUGCAAUGAUAGUUCUGUGCUUAUCUAACUUGAACACUAGAGGGAAGGACUGAAAGAGAAAGACAGGAAAAACCACACUGUUUCUUCAUUUCUCUGCAUGGGUUGGUAAGGAGAUUGGAACAGCGAGAGAAGGACCAGAAAAAUAUAAGGCUGUACCGCCCGCUGUCAAACUAGUUCUCAACUUUUUUGUUUUUCCUCUUUUUAAUCUUUUUUCUAUUUUUUUAAAAAUGCAGUCUUUCAAAGACCCAUGCUAUCUGUUCCGAUCUGCAGGAACUGACGUGUACAGUUUCAGCAUCCCUGGAAGUCCUAAUAAAGUUUCCAUUAGAAUAAAAGGAUAACCUUUUCUAUAACAUGUGAUAGUAACUGAGAUUGAGAAUCCAAUUUCUUUCUCCAAUAGUUUCUAACCUGACAAGCAAGAAUGGACAACUCAGCUUUCAUUAAUUUUAAACCUGCAUCAAAGCUUUAACUAGUAAUUAUGUUAGGAGGGCUUUCUUGUUUUUUCUUUUCUUUUUUUGCCCCCCUUUGUUCUGUCCAUUUGUAUUAUUUCUUCCCUAUUUUUGCAUUUAAUUUGUAAUUGCAAAGACUGUUACAUCUAAGCUUCUUAUGUGUUGCUAUAAAUUGACUGAAUUUUAAAAAGAAAUAUUUUAAUAUAGUGAGAUGGCUGCUAUUUUAAAUAUACAGUCUAAAAUUAGAAGAGGAGGCCAAGAUAUUAAUUAAAUGUAGCAUCAAAUUUAACUUUAGUGUUUUACACUAUUGAAUAUGUACCCCCCCAUUCCUUUACAUUCUUUAAUGUUUUCUUCUCUUCCAUAAAUGGCAGUACUUGAUAAGCAGUUGGCAAUGUUCAAGUAGAAGGGAAACUAAGAGACGAUUCUCUGUGGUUCAUGAAAACUACUGACAUUUUCAGGGGUGAGCCAAUGGGAAAUCCAUUGAACUGGAAGAAACACACUGGAUUGGGUAUGUCUACCUGGCAUAUACUCAGAAAUGUAGUUUGCACUUAAGCUAUAAUUUUAUUUGUUCUCUUUCUGAACUCCAUUUUGGAUUUUUAAUGAAUCAAUAUGGAAGCAACCAGCAAAAUAACUAACUUGAGUACAUUUUUUUUAAAAGAGCUAAGGUAAAGAAAGACUGGAAAUGCCAAAACAAGCAAAUUAGAACUUUGGAACAGUAUCCAGGGAUUAUGGUGAGAGGGCCAGCACAUUAUUCACAUGUGAAAUCACAUUUGUUAUUUGUAAGCUGUCCAAUUUGUAUAGUGCAUAUUAAGGACUGCAAGUAAAGAUUAGCUUGAAUUCCAUGGGAUUUCUAGUAUGAUACUCUAUUUAUAUUAAGUGGAAGGUAACUCUUUGCACAUAAAUUAGUAUAAUAAAAAGAAAUACACAAGCAUUCACAGCUUAUAGAUAGGUCCUUGAGUCAGACAUUGUAAAUAAACGUGAAAAAUCUUCUCAUAUAAUUAUUUUAAUAUCCAAUGUACUAAUCUUUUGAUACUUUAUAUAAGAAUUCUUUUUCUUCAAACACAACAUCCUAGUUCUAGAUCCAUUUUUAUUAUGUAUCAUUUUAAAAGAAUACCUGCUGAGUUAAGAUGAGCAAUGGGAACAAAUGGUAGGAAUGAGAGUCUCCAGGAAACGGGAACUUCAGGUCAGUAAUUAGGAAAACUGGAUAUAAGUCUCGCUUGUCUAGGAUCAAAUUUGAA